GAAUUUUUGAACUUCCCUUCCUAUCUAAAACUAAAAAGUAAAAAAAUCGACACUGUAAUCAGGGGUGGACUGACAACACAUGGGGCCCCCAGGCAAUAGGGGAUCAUGGGGCCUUGUGUCCUUGCCCAAACUCAAAGCCUAUGAAAAAGGUACCAGGGGCAUCUCAUGGUGCCCCCUAUUGACCCCGGGCCCUCGGGCAGUGCCCGAGUUUCCAAAUGGUCAGUCCGCCCCU